AUGACUUCAUCAGAGGAGCAGCAGUUGCUGGCGCGUAUCAGCCAGCUUGCCGGCAAGAUCAACCUGCACAAGGCACAGCAAGCUGGUGUUCAGUCCGUUCCCAGCUCCCAGGCGUCAUACCAUCGACACAACCCCCAUCGACAAGGCGGCCACCCCCACAGGCAUUCCCCGUACCCCUCCUCUCGAGGACCAUCGGGUUUCCGCAACAGAUCUCUGGUGGUCAACAACAGUGGAACACAAACACCGCCUUCCGACUCGCCUACUCCCGAGGCAUCUGGCUCGAUCGCUUCUUCGGGCUCUUGGAUUUCGAAGAAUACACCCGGCCAGAUGUCGCUAAUCAAUUCAGCGGUCUACGAUAAGACCAACGAAGCCACCGCCAAGGCCAUCGAGGCCACUCGACAAAAGAAGCUGCUUCAACGGGAAGCACGCGAGAAAUCCCAACUCGCCAACCAUUUCCAGCGAUACGGCGGACAUGCGAGUGCUCCGACCACCCCUACUAACACGACAGCUGUAGGGAACCACGAGAUCGAGAUUCAGGGAUUGCGGUAUCGCGUCGCCAACAACGGUAGCAAGCUCGUGAAGGUGUCCGGAGACCUUCACCCCGUCAGUGCGACUCCUAAGGUCACAUACGUUGGAGGCGUCAAAUUCCAUCGAAGCAAGAGAGGCAAUUUAUAUCGCGCUGGCGUGCUCAGAGCGCAUCGCCACCAUGGCGUCAAGAAGGUCGACGUGCCUUGCAGCAUGUUUUCGCUGACUGGUAUUUCAUUCACAUUCUCACCCGACAACUCGUCAUUCAUCCGGACAAACUUGGAAUCACGUUGCUCAAGUUCAUGCGCGAAAGGCCCUGCUUGCCGAUACCAACACGACGCGUCGAAAGUUGCCGUCUGCCGGGAGUUGCUUCACAAGGGAACCUGCGCUCAUGAGGAGUCUUGUGAUCUUUCCCAUGACUUGACCCCUCAGCGCACCCCUACAUGUGUUCACUUCAUCAAGGGCAACUGUGCGAACCCCAACUGCCAUUAUGCUCACUCUAGUGUAUCCCCAGGUGCUCUGGUCUGUCGCUCAUUCGGCAUGUACGGCUACUGCGACAAGGGAGAGAACUGCGAAGAGCGACACGUUUUCGAGUGCCCCGACUUCAGCAACACGGGCAAGUGUAAAACCAAGGGCUGUAAGCUACUUCACCGCGAGAGGGCAAGCGUCCUUCGGAAGCGCACAGACGACAACGAGAUGGAGGAUCUGUCGAGCGACGAAGAAUCGGCCGACAGCGACGACGUGGACUCGGACGAGGUCGAGGAGUUUAUCAACGAUCCUGUUGGUGACGACUCUGACUUUAGAGUUCAAAAGGACUUUAUCGCUUUCUGA